GGGCUCUGCAAGAACUGUGUUACAGAUAUUUUAUCAACUGUGUAUAUAUUGAGAUUCCGUGUGUUACCUCCAGUUUAAAGAUAUCAGAAAUUCGUGAAAAACCGAGGGUGUAAUGGCUGAAAGCAAGGAAAAUCGUGAAGAGGUUCUCACAUGUCCGAUUUGUGUGGAAACAUUCCGGAAACCAGUAAUGUUACCUUGUCAGCACAGUUUUUGUAGAGAGUGUAUUGGUGUGUAUGCUGACAAAUCUAAACCUGGACAGACAGAUGAGGUCUCCUGUAGCACGGGGAGUGAGGGUGUUGACCAGCUGAUCUCAUGCCCUGUAUGUCGGACACCAACCAGUCUGGGGAGAGAAGGUGUAGCUGGUCUGCCUCCCAACUUUCAUCUGGCUGAAAUAGUGGAGAGGCUCUCUUCUGCCGUGAAGAUUGAGGAUGACACCCCAUAUUGUUCUCUGUGUGAGGAUGAUAAUCAGACUAAAGCUGUAAAGUUUUGUACUGACUGCUGUUUCCUGUAUUGUAAAGACUGUCUGGCUACUUUUCAUCCCAUGAGGGGGGCUGUUAAAUGUCACCGGCUGAUUUCAUCCCUGGAGUACCACUCUCAGGAAACCUCACAGCGACAGACCGGGGGCAGGGAUGAAGAAGCAACUCCGCAAGUGUCAUGUGCGAGCCAUGGUCAGCCAUUCUGCUUGUACUGUGUACCCUGUCGGAUGGUGAUCUGUGUGGGGUGUGUGGUUGACCAUCCGAAACACGCUAUGCAAGAUAUACCAUCUGCAGCUGAGAAUGACAAGCCAGCUGUGUUGAACAAGACUUGCAAACUGGAGAAAGUGCUACAAGAAACUAAAGAAUCACUGUCAGGAGUUUUGAGGCUGCACAAUAAGAUACAGGAAACUCAGGAACUUCACACUCAAGAGGUUGAAAGGGCUUAUUGUGCAGCCUUGGAAGCCUUACAAGCCUGGAAACAACAGUCCUUAGAUGGCAUAAAAACCCGCUAUUCACAGUGGAGUGUGGAGUGUAGUGCUAUACUCAAACAUUUCCAGCUACAGGCCCAGGAAAUGGAGAGGAUGGUACAGGCUUCCAAGGAUUUAGUAGCGUCAAUGGACGUCAAGUUUUUACAGGUAAGUUAGUCAUGCACAAUCUCUAACAUUGGUUCAGCUACCUCAACUCCAGUU